CAUUGAUACAGAAAGGUAAGACCUUUGCACUUGUUAGAUGAAUGCUUAUAUAAUCAGUAAAACUAUUAGACUAUAUGACCUAUUUACGGCAUUUGAAAACCCUUCACCAAACGAUAAGCGAAGCAUUUGAAGUGCUUGUAUUCGAGUGAUAAUUAAACGCGAUUUUAUAAUAUGGGAUAAAGCUAUUGAUAAUACGUAUAUAAUAGGAAUCGAGUUAUCGUAAGAGUGGUAAAUCAUGGUUUAUAAACGAGUGGUAAAUUAAAGUUUAUAAACGAGUGGGAUCGGUUUCCACAGCCAGGUUCAGCAAGUCUCAGCGGAUACAGUUACAGAUUGAUACAAUUCUUAAGGAUUUUAAGUACAUUUAUAAACGCCUUGUGAAUACAACAUAUACAUGACAUAUUGAAUGGAUUAAAUGUCUAACGGAGGUAUCAGAACUGAAUUGAUAAUGAAGAAGGUGACGGUCGAAGCUUAGAUAGCUUUGUGUGAAAGAUAUGCAAGGAUAAUAGAGUAGAGUGACAACUACAUUACAAUAAUUAGAGAAUUCGUAGAAUGACAAUGGAUCCAACGUCUAUGGAUGCCUUGCGACAAGACACAUCCAGUAGUAUGGGCGACACUUACAACCUCACAACUGGCUUAAACUUAACAAACGCUUCAACUUGCAACUACAAGCCAAAGCAGUAUGAUCCCGGUUACCUGUUUUUCAGAGUCUUUUUGGAUGUAUUUGUGACAGGAUUUCUUUGCCUAUUCGGCAUCGUUGGAAACUGCAUUUCAGUGAUUGUAUUACAUAAGGAUAAUGUUACAGCCAAAACCACUAGAUUAUUGUUGCAGUCUUUAGCUAUCGCGGACUCGCUUUGUCUCACAACGUCAUUUAUUAGCCAGAGUUUACGUGGAAUUUGGCGUUAUACAGACUGGUUCGAUCCAUUUUCUGGCAACUACCCAUAUAUGUAUCGUUAUGUUUGGGCAUUCUCGGCGAUGACAGGACUUUUUGCUAUUUUAUCUGUCGUCUUGGUGACUACUGAGCGAUAUAUGGCUAUUUGCUAUCCCCUCCAAGUCCGAGAUUGGUGUACUCUCACCAGAGUAAGAAUCGCCAUAGUCUCAGUCGCUAUUUUCACGGUUCUGUUCAAUCUCCCAAGGUUCUUCGACAAGAAUCCAAUAACAUACGAUGACUGUUCUAAAUCAUUCAAAAUAGCUGGCUUCGCGGAGUAUCUAGAGAUCAAUGGAAAGAUCUACGCCUACUUAUAUGUUACAGUUCUACAUUACUUGGUGAACUUUAUUAUCCCACUCUGUCUCUUGAUGACGUUCAACAUCAGGAUCAUCCGGGACCUUCGAGAGAGUCACUAUAGAACGAAGGAGAGACUGAAAAAUCUAGAAUCGGCUUCAGGAUUAUUAAAGAAAAGAUCAAAACAAGAAAGUAGUACGACAUUUAUGUUGGCGUGCAUCGUGUGCGUGUUUAUCAUCUGCCAAACGCCAGCGUUUGCGAUCAGCUUGGUUUAUACGUUGCACGCCCACGGAGUCCAGAUGCCAGAUCGCAACUUGAUGCGAUAUUUCUACUCUAUUGGCGCUACGUUAACAACAUUCAAUUCCGCGAUCAAUUUUAUAAUUUAUUGUUUGGUAUCUAAAUUAUUUAGAACCAUUCUUUACAGGACAUUCUGUAAAUGGUGCUAUAAAAGACCGAACGACGCUAAUUCUGAAUUCCAAUCCAUGAUGACCUCAGAAACACCUUUGUAAUUGUUGUAAUUGUUCGGUGCAACUUAUAUUGUGUUAUAUGGAUUCAUGAUGUUCUUUUAGGAAAUAAAUGUCAUCGUAAUUCAUGCUGUCUGUAAACAAUGCAAACUGUUAAUUAAAGUUGAUCAAGCAUUAAUCAAUAGACACUUUAUCUUCACAGUAUGGGGAGUGAACGCCAUGGUGACUUAAUAGCCCAAUUACACUACACGCGGCAUUCCAAGACGUCUUGGCUUUAAACGUAUUAGAAAAAUUAUGUUGAGUUUGCACCACCAUUUUCAAGACGUC